GCAGUGAAGUUUGGACAUAUUUUGGUAAUUGAUGAGGCAGACAAAGCACCAACAAAUGUUACCUGCAUCUUAAAAACUUUAGUAGAAAGUGGGGAAAUGGUUUUGUCAGAUGGAAGGCGAAUUGUUGCCCAUAAUGCUCAUGUAGAAGGGAGAGAAAAUGUAAUAGUUAUUCAUCCUGAUUUUAGAAUGAUAGUUCUAGCAAACAGACCUGGAUUUCCUUUCUUGGGGAAUGACUUUUUUGGCACAUUAGGGGACAUUUUUAGUUGCCAUGCUGUUGAUAAUCCCAAACCAGAGUCUGAGCUGGCUAUGCUUAGACAGUAUGGUCCUGAUGUUCCAGAGCCAAUUCUUCAGAAACUGGUGGCUGCUUUUGGAGAACUCAGGAGCUUGGCUGACCAAGGAAUUAUUAACUAUCCCUAUUCAACCAGAGAAGUUGUGAAUAUUGUAAAACAUUUACAGAAAUUUCCAACUGAAGGACUGGCAAAUGUUGUUCGAAAUGUAUUUGACUUUGACUCCUACAACAACGAAAUGCGUGAAAUUUUAAUCAGCACUUUGCACAAAUAUGGGAUACCUAUUGGAGCAAAACCGACCAAUGUACAGCUGGCCAAGGAGUAAGAAUAACAUAAAAUAUAUAUAUUAAGAAGACAGGUUUCUCAUGAUCACUUUUUUAUAGUGUGUUAUCUUGCUGCUAACUGAUUCAAAACCAACCUGGAAUACUUGAAGUCAAUACUUCUCUGGUUCAAAUUAAUAUUCUUCCAAAUCAGUUAUAACAAUAUAAAUUACUUCAUGAUAGAUCAUUUGCUUAUUAUUAAUAUUUAAUCUUGAAUGUUCAUGUACAUAUUGAUAGCUUGUAUGAUAAACAGAUAUAUAUAUUAAUAAAGGGAAAUACUUGUUUCU